AAGCCAAUGCCACAUCUGAAUCAUCCACUCUUAUACACAUUAUUCUUUCUUUUAGCUUCUACGAUCUGCAGAAAAAUGGCUCAACAUUACCACAUAUCCUCCCUCUUACUGCUUGCAUUUCUCAAUAUAUUCUUCAUUCAUGGAAGCAUAAGUGGUGCGACUGCACGCCACCUCCUAGAGACGCCCGUUCCUGAGAUACCUAAACCAGAUUUACUGAAGGUUCCAGCCUUGCCAAAGCUUGAAAUCCCAACUGUGCCGAAGCCUGAGCUUCCAACCAUACCAAAGCCGGAGAUUCCCGCUGUUCCAAAGCCUGAGCUACCAACUUUCCCUAAGCCUGAGUUACCAACUUUGCCAAAGCCUAAGAUGCCUGAGAUCCCAACUAUGCCAAAACCUGAGCUUCCUACUAUGCCAAAGCCCGAGAUUCCCGCAAUGCCAAAACUAGAGUUUCCUCCUUUGAAAAAGUCAGAAAUCCCAGCAGUACCAAAGACUGAGGUUCCUCCGGCUAUGAAAAAGCCUGAAGUUCCAACUUUACCAAAGCCCGAGCUACCCAGCGAGCCAAAGCAUGACAUUCAAGCUAUUCCAAAGCCAGAAAUUCCAGAACUACCGAAAUCAAAAGUCCCAGAACUUCCAAAGCCAGAAGUCCCAGCUAUGCCAAAGCCGAAAAUCCCAGAACUACCAAAGCCAAAAGUCCCAGAACAUCCAAAGCCAAAAGUCCCUGAGCUUCCAAAGCCUGAAGUACCAACUACGCCAAAGCCUGAAAUCCCAGAACUACCAAAGCCAAAAGCCCCAGAGCUUCCAAAGCUAAAAUUUCCAACAAUGCCGAAGCCUGAAAUCCCGGAACUACCUAAGCCAAAAGUCCAAGAGCUUCCAAAGCCCGAAGUACCAACUACGCCGAAGCCUGAAAUCCCAGAACUACCAAAGCCAAAAGUCCCCGAACUUCCAAAGCCAGAAGUCCCAACUAUGCCAAAGCCUGAAAUCCCAGAAUUACCAAAGCCAAAACUCCCCGAGCUUCCAAAGCUAAAAGUUCCAACUAUUCCAAAACCUGAAAUUCCAGAACUGCCUAAACCAACUCUUCCUUCACUUUCUCCACCAUACAAACCAGCUACUCCUUGAGUAAAUUCUAUUGCUACUUUCACUCUAUUAGAAAGUACCCAACUGAUGUUUUGCGAUUUCAAUCUCAGUCUAUGAAGUUUGCGACCUGGAGAUAGUAAUGGAUACUUUCCGCUAGGAGUAGAAAUUAUAAUUCUUUUAUAGUAGUAUUUGAAUUGGAUGUACCAUGUUUGACGUGUCAUUAUACUAUAUGAGUGUUUCAUGUACUUUCUAAUAUAUACAGUGUGAUAUAGCUUUGAUCUAUGUUACUUUGGUUUAGUUCCUAUUAUUUGCCAUCUUUGUAUUUUCUCAAAUGUCAUUGUCAUCUAUCCACGAGUUCUCAUUUUUCAAUAUUCAUAAUAGUAUUGUUUUAUUUUUUAUAUUAUAA